AUGCGCUACACCGCCGUCCUCUCGUUUCUUCUCGUCGGACUGAGCCCGCUUUCUCACGCGGCCCCGUCCAGAGCAGACGCCCGCUCUAUGCGCCCAGCGGGCCAAGCGGUCAAAAUGGACGAAAGACAUCUCCCCUGGAUGGGCGACGACGAGGGAGAAGAAGGCCCUGAGGGGCCCGGAAUUGGACGACUCCUGCCUCUUUUGCCCCUGCUCGGGGGCGAGGAGGAGGAUGAUAACAACAACAGUACUGGAAUAACCCACUGGCCGUUCCCCGGAGAUGAGGAUCAAGAAGACGGUGACCUUCUGUCAGGAAAACGUCACUUCCCAUGGAUGGGCGAUGAUGAGGAGACUGGACCGGGCAAUGAGAACGGCAUGUAG